AUGGCGCAUCCUCAACACUCCGCAUUGGAGCAAUCCCUCCAAGACCCAGAACAAUUCUGGUCUGGACCCGCCUCACGACUCCACUGGCAUCGCGAACCGAGUAAGAUCCUAAGCCGAGACACCAAGACUCUGGACAGUGGCGUUCAGCAUGAGCACUGGUCCUGGUUUCCAGAUGGGGAGAUCUCAACUACGUACAAUUGUGUAGAUCGACAUGUGCACAAUGGAUUCGGAGAUCAGGUUGCUAUUAUAUGGGAGUCGGCUGUUACGACAACAACAACACAGAAGAUCACGUACAAGGAGUUACUCGAUGAGGUGGAGGUUUUGGCUGGUGUUUUACGGGAGGAGGGAGUAAGGAAAGGUGAUGUGGUUAUUAUCUAUAUGCCCAUGAUCCCAGCCGCACUCAUCGCCGCACUAGCGAUAACCCGCCUCGGCGCAAUCCACGCAGCUGUAUUCGGCGGAUUCGCCGCACAAUCCCUAGCCCAACGAAUCGAAGCGGCACGCCCACGAGCAAUAAUGACAGCGUCAUGCGGGGUCGAAGGAAACAAAGGCGCAAUACCGUAUCGACCGUUAGUCGAAGGGGCAAUAUCAGCCAGCAAGUUCAAGCCAAGCAAAGUGCUUAUCUGGCAGCGAGACGAGCAUCGAUGGAAUCAACCUGAUAAACUAGGCGGACAGCGAAACUGGCAAAGACUUAUGAAAAGUGCACGGAUGCGUGGGAUUCGUGCGGAGUCUGUUCCUAUUAAGAGUACUGAGGGACUUUAUAUCAUAUACACCAGUGGAACUACGGGUUUACCGAAAGGUGUACUUCGACAAGCGGGUGGCCAUGCUGUUGGGCUAGAGGUUUCUAUUCGAUCUGUAUUUGGAAUCUCAGGGCCUGGGGAUGUGAUGUUUUGUGCAUCUGAUAUUGGGUGGGUUGUUGGGCAUUCGUAUAUCUUAUAUGCGCCCUUACUUGUUGGUGCGACGACGGUACUCUUCGAAGGGAAACCGGUUGGUACACCUGAUGCAGGGACGUUCUGGCGGAUUGUUGAGAAACAUUCCGUUAAUACGUUGUUCACGGCGCCGACGGCUAUGCGGGCUAUUCGGAGAGAUGAUCCGAAUAAUGCACUGAUCAGUGAAGUUGGAGAUCGUGGUGGUCUCAAGUCUCUUCGUGCUCUCUUCCUAGCUGGGGAACGGAGUGAGCCUAGUAUUGUACGUACUUACCAGGAUCUCCUAUCUCGGUUUGCGUCGCCAGGUGCCCUCGUCAUUGAUAAUUGGUGGUCGUCUGAGUCUGGAUCACCUAUCACUGGGUUAGCAUUAAACAGUGCCGCGGCUAUGUCUACAUCGCCAGACAGAAGUAUCCGUCCACUUGCCAUUCGACCUGGCUCAGCAGGUUUCCCGAUGCCAGGAUUCGAUGUUCGGAUUGUCGAUGACGAAGGGAAUGAAGUCCCUCAUGGAAAAAUGGGAAAUAUCGUCCUGGCGAUGCCACUCGCGCCAACGGCAUUCACCAGUCUAUUCCAAGACGAAGAGCGAUUCUACAAUGGAUACCUUAAACGGUUUAAUGGACGAUGGGUAGAUACCGGAGACGCAGGAAUGAUAGAUAAGGAUGGAUACGUGCACAUCAUGUCUCGAUCAGACGAUAUCAUCAACGUCGCGGCGCACCGCUUCAGUACAGGUGCAAUCGAACAAGCAAUCCUAUCACACCCCUCUAUCAGCGAAGCCAGUGUCGUCGGGAUACCAGACCCGCUUAAGGGUCAUCUCCCCUUUGCAUUCGUGCAGCCCCGUCUGAGUACAGAGUACCCAUACUCACUUCCAGUCACGCCGACAGGAAAACUUUUCCAGGAAGUCAAUGCACUAGUUCGAGAGCAGAUCGGUGCGAUAGCUUCUCUUGGCGGGAUGAUUCAGGGUCGGGGGAUGAUUCCCAAGACGCGGAGUGGGAAGACGUUGCGACGGGUUCUGCGGCAAUUAAUAGAGCAUGCUGUGGACGGGCGGUAUGAUGCGUCGGUCAGUGUGCCGCCAACUGUUGAGGAUGUGGAGGUGGUUGAGGUUGCGAGGGGAGUUGUAAGAGAGUAUUUUGAGAAGAGGCUCAAGGCGAAACUUUAG